AUGGGUGGAAUAUUGCAUCGCUCAGCAGCCCGACGAGAUGAUGAAAAGAUAAAGAACAAAAAAGAUAAACGGAAACGACAGCGAGAAGAAAAUCCAGACUCAGACAUUGGUUUUAACCAGAAUAAUUUCCCGAUCACAAAUAUCGAUGAAAAUCAAGAUCCUAAUCUCGAUUUUACGAAAUCGUACGAUCUAUGGAACAGUGACUACGAUAACAAAUUCACAAUGAAUAUCAAUGAUCCACCUGGUGCACCACGUAGUUAUUCACCAAGUCAGAAUGAGAUGAUGUUUCAACAGUGGCCACAUUCUGUCGACAUGAAUAAUCCAUUCUAUCCAGGCAACAUGUUUCCAUCAGUUCAACCGUUCAAUAUUGCCUAUGAUCCCAAUCAUCAACUUCAACCUCAGAUAUCGACCACAAUAGGUGACAAUUCUCCGAAAAUUAAAGCCGGAGAACGAUCACCAAAACGAGUGCAUUUCGCUCCUACACCCUCAUCUCAACCUGCCGAGCCCAUCCCUACAAAACCCUUGACAAAUACACAAUCCUGGCAUGAACCACGUUCUAUGACUUCUGCUCCAUCACGUAGUGCAUCGCAAAUAAAACCUGAACGAUUAUCAAAUCGAUCAUCUGUACCCCGAUCAUCGACGAAUUCGCGUAAAUCAGCUCCAGCACAAACACCUGUACAAAAACCUAUCUAUGUUGGAAUCGAUCAUCAAGCGACAUUAAUCGAACGAAGUAAACGCCUUGUUAACAAACGUCAACGCCCGAAUUUAGACGAAAAUUCUCCCGAGAAAUUAACCGUACCAAACAAUCAUCAGUCAUCACGUUCUCAUCCGCAUAAACAUCGUAAACCAACUGAUUCUCCACGCUCUGAUCACGAAACAAUGCUUAACAAAUACUUCGAAACUUUACAGCCGAAAGUAUCUCUCAUUCAACGUCAAACAGCACAAUCUACGUCGAUAAAUAAGUUCACACCGAAGAUCGAUCAGAUAACGUUUCGUCCCAACGAUAUCAAAUUAACAAAAUCUAAACGUGCUCGUCGACAACAAUCAGCAAUUAAUACAGAAAUACAACCGGUGAAAAGUCAGGAAAAUCAUCGUCAACGUCCUCCAAGUGGAUCACCUCUUGUCAUGCAUAGUGACUCAUCGAAACGCCGUAUCGAACAUUCGCAUUCAAGCACAGCUGUCAUGCGAGUUUCUCUGUCGAAGAACAGUCAACAACCAAGUUUUACUCGUGUACGAAUGUAA